AUGUCUGGAACCACCGACGACUUCAACCCUCUUGUUCCCGAUAAACAGCUUCAGGAUGAGCUCACGGCCCAGUCGGAGCGGCUCGCGGUCAACACCAAGUACGGCUCCGUCACUGGCGGUCGUGCAGCGAAUGGCGCCGCCGCGUUUCUCGAAAUACCUUAUGCCAUUCUGCCUGGCAGGUGGCAGGACCCUCAGCCUCUGCCCGCGGACUACCGCUAUGAAGACAAGGAUUAUAUCUAUGAAAGCUCCUAUUGUGCGCAGCCUUUGCCGGAGACGAGCGUUCCCGGCCUAAACCUCCCCUCGCUGGUUGGCUUGGGGAAGCCCACUGAGGACCCGCUGUUCCUCAACGUCGUUUGCCCUCCUCAGUGGACUCCUAAGUCUCCCCUCAAGUAUCCCGUAUUGGUCUAUAUUCAUGGCGGAUUCCUGCAGACUGGCUCCCCGCACGAGUUGAAUUCGCAAGGGCAGCACUUGGCGCUGUAUAAGAACCAAGUUGUCGUCAACAUUGGUUACCGCGUCUCCAUCCUCGGUUUCCUCGCCUGCGACAGUCCGGACAUCUCCGGGAACUUUGGUUUCAAGGAUCAAUGGCAGGCACUCCUGUGGAUCCAAGACAACAUCAGCGCGUUUGGUGGUGACCCGACCAAGAUUCAGAUUGCUGGAGACUCAGCGGGUGCCCACUCGUGCCACCAGAUCUUGCAUUAUGUUUCGCGUCUUCCCGAAGGACAGAAGGCGCCAUUCCAGUCCGCUUUCCUUCAGUCAAACGGGCUUUUGACUACGCCCAGCAGCAAGGCCGACCAUCGCCCGCAGUUCCAGGCGGUCUGCAAGGCCCUCGGUCUCGACCCCUCUUCGCCCACCGUGCUCACAGACUUGCGCGACCCCACCAAGUACCCAGCACAGACGAUCAUGACCGCGCUGCUCGACGGGGCCGUCCCUGCUCCGUACGACACCUUCCGCGAUACCAUCGACGGCGUGUGGGUCGCGCCUCCUCCCGAGAUGAUGGAGUGGCAGCGCUCUGGCGAUUUUGCACGCGGGCUGAAGGCGAAGGGCGUGAAGUACAUCAUCAUGGGGAACCUCACGGAGGAGUGGUACGUGUACGGGAUCAUCCACCCCGUUCACACCAUGGCCGACUGCGUGACCAACAUGGAGCGCUACUUCUCCCCCGACGUAACCCAGAAGCUCUUCGCGGCCUACCCGCCUCUUCCGGACAAUCCGACCCCGGCGCAGAUCACCAAGUUCAUGGGAACCGCGCUCUCGGACGCGCAGGUCUACAUCCCGCUGCGGAUCCUCGCUCGGGACUUGGCCAAUGCUGGGUACCCUGUGUUGCGGUACGAGAUCGGCUGGGUGCCUGAGCAGCUGUCAGAGUUUACAGGAGGCUACGUUUCGCACGGCACUGACCGCGUCUUCUGGGCGUACCGCCUACCGCUGAUGAAGCCCGCGCAGAUCCCCACCGUGAACUUGUGGCUCGGCGCCGUCGAUGCACAGGUGGCGCUGCUGAAGCUUGGCACCAACGUUGACGCGAAGAACAUGAAGAGGGUGUUUGCGUUGAAGGCGGACAAGUCCUCGGGGUGGCAGGACGACUCGAGGUGGGACGAGCUCAUGCAACUGGCGUCCCUUCUUCCUGGCGAGAAGUGA